AUGUACGUCUUGCAGGCUGGCCAGAGCUAUGCGGUGACGGUUGUGCGCGAUCGUGAGGCUGCAGAGCAUCGAGCGCUUUCCUUCCUGGCCAAGAUGGCAGGCCAUGUGGAUCCAGUCAUUGCGCAAGCCUUGGCAAACCUCAUCGCGGUCCUGCCUGCUUCGGUGCAGCAGCAGCAGCAGCAGCAUAUCCAGCUCAACCAGACCAGCAUAGGCGCUAGCCCCUCCUCUCAGACCGCGACCGCGGCGAGCUUCUAUGCGCUUGCUCAGCAACUCGUGCAGGAGCAGCAGUCUCAGCUGGCCAUGACGGGUACGCAUUCUCAAAGCAAUUCGGGACCGCAUCCCAGGCAUGCUGCGUCCAACCUGCAGCAGCUCGAGGGGCAGCUCCAAAACAGGAUCGGAUCUCCCACCAAUACGCCCAGCCUACUCGAAGCAGCUCGACGCUUGCAGCAGCAACAGCAGAGUCAGACCAGUGCACGCUAUACUGCUUACCCUUCCCCGGAUCCCCAGAGCCAGCUCGAAUCCCUCGCUGCAUUGUACACGGGCUCCCCAGGCAUACUUCAGCCGGGCUAUCCGGACGACCAUCGCACAGCCCGAUCCGACCCUUCUCUGAGACCAACGCAUGCGCCGAGUCCGGCUCCGUCAGGCUCGACUACCAUGUCAAGCUUCAACUCGCGUCAUAACAACCUCAUGGCAGAUCAUACGGGCUACAACCUGGCAAACGCGCAGGCGCUAGAGGUCCUUGCUCGCAUGGCCUCUCCCGCUGCAUCGCCAAAUCGCCGCGGAGACUCAAAUACGAACAAAUCUUGCGGAGGGAGCGCUACCAGCUUAGCCCUCCCGAAGCAAGCUCCGAGCUUUCUGCGCACCGCGAGAGGCUCGUCCGCCCAAACGUCUCAAGUCAUGAAUUCGUCUGACUCGAGGGCGCAAAGUGAAUCCUCAGAGCUUGCGACAUCGCCUAGAGAUACCGUCAGACCUUCGUCCAACCAAUAUAAGCCACUGCCGACUCGCUCCGGUCGAGUGCCCAUCAUGCCAGCCGACCCGAGCAAUCCGACUUUCAAUCUGAACUCGUUUUUCGAGUUUCCCUCUGACAGCGAUUCAGACGAUCCUGAUUUCCAGCCUGGAGGGGCUGAAUGGCUUGAGAUGGGCUUGCCUACUGUUGCCACCGAGGGCGAAGAGUGGAUUCCAGACGCAGAUGAUGCGCAAGGCCAGCAUGAUGAUUGGAUGGACGCUCUGGCCGGUCAGCAAACAAAUGACGCCAGCCGUCGACCUAAGCGCACGCGUCAGAGCUCAGCAUCGCCCAAGACACACGGCCGCGCCAUACCCAAGGCAUCGGGUGGAGCCACUGUUCAGCCGGUCGACAGUUCCCCGCCGGCCUUCAUCCUGCCGCCCGCGCGCUCAAGAGACGCAGCUGGCCAGACGCCCGCCGUUUCGACGCCUGAUGCCGACGAGGAUAGAGCGACCCCUCAAGCAAAACGACGAUCGCUCAAGAAGCUACCAGAACCAGAGCGCGAAGAGCUUCAACGAGAGGAGCGCCGCCAGAAAGCACAGCUCCAGCGCGACCGCAAGAAAACCGAGCUCGACAGCCUUCGCAAGCAAGUCGCCGAACUCACGCUGGACAAAGCCAAGCUCAGCAGGGAGCUCAAGCUUAUGCGCCAGAUCAGGCCAGAUCACACUGUCUUGUGUGACUUACUGAAAGUCUAUGGCCAUACCGCAAGCCAGGAGACUCUCCUGAAGAUCAUCGAUAUCACGACCAGGAUACACUCGAGGAAAUGA